GAGAGAUUCCGACUGCUCCUGAGAUUUCUCCACCUGGACAAAUCCUUGACCUUCUGUUGGUGUGUUGCAUCCAGAGAAGUGAAGCACCAUGGGGCUAGAUCUCAAGAGGCUACAGAUGUGCUUGCUCUUGUUCUUCUGUGGCUGGGUGGCCCUAUCACAGGGAGAAAAGGCUCCUGGGCCCUGUGUGAGAAUCGGGGCCUGCACAAUACUGGAGAUUGCCAAGCGCUCGAUGACCGACAGUCGCAUCCUUGAGCAGUUGGCAGAGGCUGCAACAAAGAAUCAGGGCGGCAACAAGGCAAUCAAAGGCAUCAAAGGGCUGAAAGUGAAUGAUAUUCGACCUCCGAACGUCACGGUGAGCUUUGUGAUGAAAGUGGGAAUGCGGAUGGAAGUGAUCUGUCAGCUGACAAUUGCUGGGAAAAGCUUUAUUGGUGGCAGUAUGGAAAUCACCGUGAAGUCUAACAUGACAACGAUAAGCAAGAUGAUCAUCAAGGAUAAGGUCAUCAGUUUUGAAGUGACCAAGUGCACUGUAGACCUGAUUAGCUGUAAGACCAACCUUCCUAGCAACAUGCUUCCAAAGAUUGUGAAUAAGUUUCUCAACUCUACCCUUGGGAAAGUAUUGCCUGGCAUGAUGUGCCCAGCAGCAGACAAAGUGGUUGGUCAAAUGAAGGAAAAAAUGUUGACUGUGUGGAAUCAACAGCCCAUUGGCGAUCUAGGAUUUAUCUUGUAUGCUUUGACUGGCUCUCCAGUCAUCUCUUCAAAACAUGCAGGCAUAUGUUUUACAAUUCAAAUCACACGGAAAAAUGGAGAAGUGAUUGAAAUCCCCAUCGAGCCACCAGCUUUGAAUGUUUUGCCAGAGCUAUCACCGGAGAACUCUGAACUCACCAUGCCAGUGAAUAUCUUGAAUGCUCUCAUGAAAUUGCUUGAAGAUGUCUUGGAGCGAGAGGUUUCCAGUGACAGGGGGGGUCCUGAGAUAAACAGAGACGUGCUGGCCGAAAAGGUACCAUCGGUUGAAAUCCCUGAGGGAGACUUGAUAUUUGAAAUAAGAAGCACAGAAACCCCAACUUGGGCCCUGGAACCAGGAGUGGCCACCUUGAAAGAUCCUCUCAAGAUAGAAUUAAAGACACGUCCAGAGAAAGAGAACCUCUUCAUCGUGACUGCGACCUUGAAGAUUAAUGCUACUUUUCAGGAGAUGAAUGGACACCUCCAAAUUCUUCUGGGAGAAGACAGCUUGAAAGACUUAGCUUUGGAAUCUUCUUCAGUUGGCGACUUUGAUCCCGAGCUUCUCAACGGCUACUUUCUUGAUAUCCUGCGUGCAACUCUCCUUGAAAACCUUAAAAAAAGUAAGAGCCUGUUGGAUAAUCUCGGCUUGCCACCACAGCCUGGCCAUUUCCCUUGCCACGAAAGCAUCUCUCAGCAAUGA